AUGGAAAAAGGCAGCAACAGCAACAGCAGCAGCAGCAGCAGCAGCAGCAGCAGCAGCAGCAGCAGCAGCACUGACAUGCAUGCGCAACAAAGGCAGCAAGAACAGCAGCAGCAGCAGCAGCAGCAACCACAGCAGCAGCAGCAGCAGCAGCAGCAGCAACAGCAACAGCAGCAGCAGCAGGUGUAUAAUCAGCAGCCGCACCCAACAGCAGCAGCAGCAGCAGCAGCAGCAGCAGCAGCAGCAGCAACAGCAGCAGCAGCAGCAGCAGCAGUAACAGCAGUAGAAGGAGGAUUAAAUGAGCAGCAACAGCUGCUGCUGUUGCUGCUGCAACUGCUGCUGCACUCCAAGCAGCAAACGGGCAACAAUAACAGCAGCAGCAGCGCCAGCAGCAAGCACAGCAGCAGCAGCAGCAGCAGCAGCAGCAACAGCAACAGCAGCAGCAGCAGCAGCAGCAGGUGUAUAAUCAGCAGCCGCACCCACAGCCAGAGCAGCAGCAACGGCAGCAACAGCAACAGCAACCGCAGCAGCAACAGCAGCAGCAACAGUCGCAACAGCAGCAGCAGCAACAGCAGCAACAGCAGCAGCAACAGCAGCAGCAGCAGCAGCAGCAGCAGCAGCACGGACGAGAGACAGAUGAGGUCUUGGCUCCCGGGGUAG